CGUGUGACUCACGUGUAGUUUGCGCGUUUACGAGGCCUCGUGCUUUUUGGCCUGUUUGACUUCCCGUACUAAUGGUCAGUAGUCUGCGGGGUGUGCAGAGGAUCCCGUCCGGAGGCAGCAGCUGUCAGUGCUGGUACUUGUGUCUCUGAGAAGGAAUGUAAAUGUCUGAGGACAAGGAAGCCCAGGAGGAUGAGCUGCUUGCUUUAGCAAGUAUUUAUGAUGAGGACGAGUUCCGUCGAGCCGAGUCGGCUCAGGGGGGAGAGAUUCAGCUCUGUUUGGAGCUUCCUCCUGAUUUUAAAAUUGUUGUUAAAGGAGAGAUGAAAACAGAUUACAAUGUCUGCUUCUUGCCUCCUCUGGUGCUCAACUUUGAGCUUCCUGCAGACUAUCCUUCCACGUUAUCACCAAUCUUCACUCUCAGCUCUAAAUGGAUGACCAGAGUUCAGAUGAGUUCUCUAUGCAGACGUCUGGAUGAGCUGUGGGACGAGAACCAAGGCUGCGUGGUUCUUUUCACAUGGAUCCAGUUCCUCAAAGAGGAGGCUGUGGCCUUUCUUGGCAUCCAGUCUCCCCUUGAAGUCUUCAGGGGAGGAAGUAAGGCAGGUAGUGAGCGCAGGAAAACCGACCCAGCAGCUACAGCUCUGACGCAGCCUGGGAGUCUUUCUGAAAACACUGAGGAGAAGAAAAGAGAAGUGAAGAAGGAAAAGUCUGAAAUGCAGUUGACGCAGUCUUCUCAACUUGACCCGCGGACUGUCCUGUUGAGGGACCCACAUUCUGACCUCCUACCUCAGCUCCUGGACUUUGAUGAGGCGCAGCGCCAGAAGGUGUUUGACGGCAAGGUGUUCUGCUGUGGGAUCUGCUUCCUAGAGAAGCUGGGCUCCAUGUGCCUCUGCUUUAAGGAGUGCCAGCACGUCUACUGCAAGGCCUGCAUGACCGAGUACUUCCAGAUCCAAAUACGGGACGGCAACGUUCAGUGCCUUAAUUGCCCUGAGCCAAAAUGUACCUCCUUAGCCACACCAUCACAGGUGAAGCACCUGGUGGAUGAUGAGCUGUUUGCCCGUUAUGACCGUUUGCUGCUUCAGUCGUCUCUGGACCUCAUGGCCGACGUGGUCUACUGUCCCCGUCAGUCCUGUGGCACCGCCGUUAUGGUGGAGCCAGACACAACCAUGGGCAUUUGCACUGCCUGCCAGUAUGCUUUUUGUACACUGUGCAAGCUCGGUUAUCACGGCCUCUCCAGCUGUAAAAUCCCUGCAGAUGAGCUGCGUAAUCUCAGAGAUGAAUACCUGUCAGCCUCGUCUGAGGGGAAAAAGUUCUUGGAGCAGCGCUUUGGGAAGCGAGUGAUCCAGAAAGCAGUGGAAGAGUCUUUUAGCAGAGACUGGCUCAAUGAGAACUGCAAAUCCUGUCCACGCUGUGGAACCAAUAUCCAGAAAGUGGAUGGCUGUAACAAGAUGACCUGUACCUCGUGCAAACAAUACUUCUGUUGGCUGUGUCUGGGCGUCCUCAGCAGAGUCAACCCAUACAGUCACUUUAACAACCCACAUUCACCCUGUUUCAACCAACUCUUCCAUGGUGUGGAUCUCGAUGAAGAAGAUGCCUUCUGGAGCGAUGAGGAGGACUGACACUAGUGCGCUGCCUCUCAACUGUUCGCUCCGUCUGAAUGCACUUUAGCUCAUGAUACCAUCACUUCACCUUCUCUGUGUCUGGAUUAGAACAUCCGUCACUAAACAUGAUCUCACGUAUAAAACAAUGAAUCCCUGGAUGACGUGUCCUCAUGUUCAUAUAAAAAACUCACCAGAUUCUGACCUUAAUGGAUUUGUCACCAAGACACACUUUUAAAAAAGAGGUUUGUUUUUAUUGUUUUAAUUUUAGUUUUUGCAUUAUUUUUUUUUUGAGGUCCAGAGUGGGGAAACUCUAAUACAGACAUGGGUCUUUUCUUGGGAUGCAGUUUUUGGAAUGGUUUAAUUCAUUAUUUGCAUUUGUCCUUACAGAUUGUAAUAUCCGAGGAUAUACAGUGAUCAUGACAGGACGUCCUGUGAUCGGGUUACUGGGGUUGUGAUUAUGGUUGUGUUUGUGUGUUAGAAAGGAAAUCCUCUCUUGUUAAACAGCCAGGGUAAUUAAUAAUGGUUAACUAAUAACUAGAUUUAUUCACACUUUGUUCAACUGACAUUUUUAUGUUGCCAAAAUGUUAGUGUCAGAGAGAGGCCAUACCCUGUGCAUUGUCUAAAUAAAACAAGUUUGUGUAUGUUAAUUUAUUUAUUUUUUUCUAAUUUGCGUACACUGAGGACUCUGAUGCAAACAGCUUUGUUUGAAUUUGAAUUCAGAUCUAUUUUUCAUCCUUCACAGCUUCAGAAGUGCAGAAUACUUUCAGAGUUCAUGUUGGUCGAAGCUGUUUAAAAGACAAUCUCCUUUUCAGAAUUGCACAUAUUCAUUUUCCUAUCCACCGUACCUUCAUGCCUCACAUGUAUGUUACGUUUGAAAAAAGGAUUUACAGAAUCCUGCUGCAAGGCAUUUAACAUACUGUUCCCGAAAAUAAAUGUUACCACUGAA